GCAGGGCGGUGCCGCCGGGAGGAGGCGGGCCCGGCGGCCGGGCGCCCCUUCCCGCGGCGGGCGGAGAGGUGCCGAGGCAGCGCCGUGCGAGCGGCGCCCCGUGUGCCCUCCGUGCGCCCCCCGCCGAGCAUCCCCUCCCCUCCCCUCCGUCCCAUCCCGCCCCGGCCCGGGCCGCCGCCGGGGCAUGGAGGCGGCGCACAGCCUCCCGGUGCUCGACGUCCUCCGCCGCUUCGGUGUAACCGAGAGCUGCGGGCUCAGCCCGGAGCAGGUCCGUCGCAGCCGGGAGAAGUACGGCCCCAAUGAGCUCCCUGCAGAAGAAGGAAAGUCCCUCUGGGAGUUGGUGCUGGAGCAGUUUGAAGAUCUCCUCGUCCGCAUCCUUUUGAUCGCAGCUUUUCUGUCAUUCAUCCUGGCCUGGUUUGAAGAAGGAGAGGAGACCACGACGGCAUUUGUGGAGCCCAUCGUUAUUAUUAUGAUCCUGAUCGCCAAUGCUGUGGUGGGCGUGUGGCAGGAGAGAAAUGCUGAGAGCGCCAUCGAAGCCUUGAAGGAGUACGAGCCUGAGAUGGGGAAGGUGAUCCGCGCCGACCGCAGUGGGGUGCAGCGGAUCCGCGCCCGCGACAUUGUCCCCGGGGACAUCGUGGAGGUGGCAGUUGGCGACAAGGUGCCGGCGGACAUCCGGAUCAUUGAAAUCCGGUCCACCACCCUGCGGGUCGACCAGUCCAUCCUCACAGGGGAGUCUGUGUCGGUGAUCAAACAUGCUGACCCCAUCCCUGACCCCCGGGCUGUCAACCAGGACAAGAAGAACAUGCUUUUCUCCGGCACCAACAUCGCAGCUGGGAAGGCCGUAGGGGUUGUCAUUGCGACAGGCGUGUACACCGAGAUCGGGAAGAUCCGAAACCAGAUGGUGGAGACAGAGCCCGAGAAGACCCCCUUGCAGCAGAAGCUGGACGAGUUCAGCCAGCAGCUCUCCAAAGUGAUUUUCCUGGUGUGCAUUGCCGUCUGGGUCAUCAACGUCAGCCACUUCAGCGACCCUGUCCACGGGGGCUCCUGGUUUCGGGGGGCCAUCUACUAUUUCAAGAUUUCAGUGGCACUGGCAGUGGCUGCCAUUCCCGAGGGCCUCCCGGCCGUCAUCACCACCUGCCUGGCGCUGGGCACGCGCCGCAUGGCCAAGAAGAACGCCAUCGUCCGGAGCCUGCCCUCGGUGGAGACCCUGGGCUGCACCUCCGUCAUCUGCUCCGACAAGACCGGCACUCUCACCACCAACCAGAUGUCCGUCUGUCGGAUGUUCAUUAUGGAGAAGGUGGAGGGCUCCCAGUGCAGCCUGCACGAGUUCAGCAUCACCGGCUCCACCUACGCCCCCGAGGGACAGAUCCUGAAGGAUGAGCAGCCGGUGCAGUGCGGGCAGUACGACGGGCUGGUGGAGCUGGCCACCAUCUGCGCCCUCUGCAACGACUCCUCGCUGGACUACAACGAGUCCAAAAAAGUCUACGAGAAGGUGGGGGAAGCCACUGAAACAGCCCUGACGUGCCUGGUGGAGAAGAUGAACGUCUUCAACACUGACACCAGCAAACUCUCCAAGGUGGAGCGAGCCAACGCCUGCAAUUCAGUGAUCAAGCAGCUGAUGAGGAAGGAGUGCACCCUGGAGUUCUCCCGCGACCGCAAGUCCAUGUCGGUGUACUGCACGCCCACCGGCCCCGGCCACAACUCCGCUGGCAGCAAGAUGUUUGUCAAGGGCGCCCCAGAAAGCGUGAUCGAGCGCUGCACCCACGUCCGCGUGGGCACUGCCAAGGUCCCGCUGACGGCCCCGGUGCGGGAGAAGAUCCUGGGCAGGAUCCGGGACUGGGGCAUGGGCAUCGACACGCUGCGCUGUCUGGCCCUGGCCACCCACGACGCGCCCGUCCGCAGGGAGACCAUGCAGCUGCACGACACCGCCGCCUUCGUCCACUACGAGAACAACCUGACCUUCGUGGGCUGCGUGGGGAUGCUGGACCCUCCCCGCAAGGAGGUGACCUCCUCCAUCGAGAUGUGCCGCAAGGCUGGCAUCCGCGUCAUCAUGAUCACCGGUGACAACAAGGGCACGGCAGUGGCCAUCUGCCGCAGGAUCGGCAUCUUCUCAGAGAGCGAGGACGUGGCUGGCAAAGCCUACACGGGCCGCGAGUUCGACGAGCUGCCCCCUGAGGUGCAGCGGCAGGCGUGCCGUCAUGCCCGAUGCUUUGCCCGCGUGGAGCCGGCACACAAGUCCCGCAUCGUCGAGUACCUCCAGUCCUUCCACGAGAUCACGGCCAUGACAGGCGAUGGUGUCAACGACGCCCCGGCCCUGAAGAAAGCGGAGAUUGGCAUCGCCAUGGGGUCGGGCACGGCCGUCGCCAAGUCAGCCGCAGAGAUGGUGCUCUCUGACGACAACUUCUCCACCAUCGUGUCAGCCGUUGAGGAGGGCAGGGCCAUUUACAACAACAUGAAGCAGUUCAUCCGCUAUCUCAUCUCUUCCAACGUCGGGGAGGUCGUUUGCAUCUUCCUGACGGCCAUCCUGGGCUUGCCCGAGGCCCUCAUCCCCGUACAACUGCUGUGGGUGAACCUGGUGACGGACGGGCUGCCGGCCACUGCACUGGGCUUCAACCCCCCUGACCUGGACAUCAUGGACAAGCUGCCCCGCAACCCCAAGGAGCCCCUCAUCAGCGGCUGGCUCUUCUUCCGCUACCUGGCCAUCGGAGUGUACGUGGGCCUGGCCACGGUGGGUGCAGCGACCUGGUGGUUCUUGUACGACGCCGAGGGACCGCAGGUCUCCUUCCAUCAGCUGAGGAACUUCAUGAGGUGCACUGAGGACAACCCCAUCUUUGAAGGAAUCGACUGUGAGAUCUUUGAGUCCCGAUACCCAACCACAAUGGCUCUGUCCGUGCUGGUGACAAUUGAAAUGUGCAACGCUCUGAACAGUGUCUCUGAGAACCAGUCGCUGCUGCGGAUGCCACCAUGGCUCAACAUCUGGCUGCUGGGGGCCAUCGUCAUGUCCAUGGCUCUGCACUUCCUCAUCCUCUACGUCAAGCCCAUGCCUCUCAUCUUCCAAGUAACGCCCCUGAGCUGGCCACAGUGGGUGGUUGUAAUGAAAAUCUCCCUGCCCGUUAUCCUGCUGGACGAAGGACUCAAGUACCUUUCCCGUAACCACCUGGACGGCAUUCUCAGGACGGUAAGACACACGUGGAGCGGGGACCACCAGUUGAAAACCUGCAGGACUCCAGAGCAAGGGAGAAGAGGACAGGAAAUGAAUGACACGAAGGAAACGCUCCUAACUAAAGGAUCCCUAACUUGUAACUCGGACUGAAGUCUUGCAUGCAUGACCAUCGCUAGAAGCCAGCAGGACAUGCAUGUGUCCGACUAUCAGACAAAUGCGGGUGAAUCGUCGAAAAGAAAAAUACUGAUUUUGUUUUGUUUCGUAGCUUUCUUUUUCCUGUACAUAAGAGUGCAAUUACUGGACAGCUGGCGUAGGGUUUGGGGACGGAGCUGUGUGGACCUGGGUCGUCGUAACGCGGUUCCUUGGAGAUUUAUUCCUGCAAAAUUUGAGACCCUCUUUCCAAUUUUCACCCUGACCGGGUGAGCUCAGGCAAGGCAUCCUUCACGGGACAUCAAGGGGGGCAGUCGGGAUUUUAGGCACUCUGCGGAGCGCGGGUGGGAGGCUGUGUCCCCGAGCCGGGCAGGAUGCGCAGGGCAGCUCGCAGGGCCGGGAAGGGCUUGGCGGUGGGCGAGGGCAGGGGAGGGAGGCGAGGGGGCCGUGGGUUGGGGUCGCUGACCCUCGAUGAUGUCCACGGUGUCGGUGAGCGCAUCGCCGCGGUGCCUGCGGGCUGCAGCAGCUGGAAGUAGCUUUACACCACAGUGGUGGUGUGGCUCUCGCGGAUGUGCGUUCAUACGUCGAGGUCAGGCGCGUGUGGUGGAAACUGAAGUUCUCCCCAUUGAUCACACUGUCCUGUUUGACCCCCCUGUUGUGCAAAGCCCCGCACCUUCUCAGGCUCAUCCAACACCAAAGCAUGACCUGGUCUUGUCUGUUCUCCGUCCGGUGUCUUGUUAGAUCCCAUCUGCACUAUUUAAGCCGUAGCCCUCUUCCUCGUAGGGGCAACCAUUUCAGGCAAAGCAUGGGGGUGACCAACUUCGCGUUCCUCAUGUCUGCCGCUCACUCUUGGUCACGCUUUCUCUACUCGGUUGAUUUUUAACUAUUUCCCUGGCAGGAGUAGAGCUUAAGUCCUUAGAAGCACGUCCAUGAGUUUGUGUCCUCUGCCUCGGAGGACGUCGCUGUCUUGCACAGGGCAUCGUUGACAUCGGUGAUCUGCCUUUGAGACAGGAAUGAAUGUAUGCGUGUACAUAACGUAGUCCUUCUCCGUGAGCGGUGUUUGUCGUGGCAUCCCUUUUUAUAAGGCACCAACUUUAUUUUAUCUUCUUGGGAAUUUUCUGCGGCAGGAGUGACAGGCUGCAGCGAGAGUCUGUGGAUGAGGAGUGGAUUUUGGGAUCCAGUAAAUUGAUCUUUCUCCGUGGAGCUGUGUCAGCGGAGGAGCUGACAGCGAGCGAUUUCUUCUCCAGCUCUCCAAAUCCUCCCUCCUGGUUUCCUCACGUUCCCCUACGAUCCGUCCUGAUGACAUUUAGUUAGCCAGACCCUGUUUCUUUCCUUUCUCUUAAAUUCCAGCAACAGCACUAGAGCCAGGGUUUUGCAUAGCAUUUGGCUCCUCUGCUGCUGGGUUUUUUUUUCUUUUACCGUUUUGCCUCUUCAAAGCUGCCAGUGCUUUUCUGUUUCUCUUUCACCUGGGCGAGAGCUGUUCUUCCUCUGUACAGUAGGUGCCAAACGCCAUCCUUCCUUUCUUUUCUCCAUCACCAGCAUUGAAGAUGAGCAGAGCCCCCAGACCAAUGGGAAUGUACAGAAUUGUUAUACUACUGAGCUGAUUUAAUUGUACAGAAAACCUUGCAUGAAAUGUUGUUACUGUAUUUAAUAUAUAAUGUAUUCAAGGAAUUUUAAUAUGGAGCUCUUUAAAAAGAUCUUUAUAGAUACUCUGUGGUUAGAAGAUUGUUGCUGAUUUUUUUUUUAAAUAUUAUUAUACUUUGUCUUGAAGAAGUUUUAUUUUUCAAACGUGUUAUGUCUAAUUGAUUUAAUUGGUGAUCCCGUGGGGCAACCAAUUCCUCUUUAAAGAUGUUCACCGUGGAUGAGACUCACCCUGGCGCAGAGGACCAGGGCACGACCCAGGUACUGCUGAAGCCUUCAAAAUAAGGCUUCAGUAAGAUUAAUGCUGUAGACGUGUGAUUUGCCCUUCCCCAAAGGGUGGAUUUCACCUUUAUUUUAGUACAGAUCAUCUCCAGCUCUCUGUGGCAGGAAAGAACCAGCGGGAAUUAAAUCCAGUACGAGCUCCGUGACUCCGGAGGAAAUUGCUUUGGUGUUUCCCUGAGGCUGAAAACCAGUUUGGGAGAGGCUGGACCUGAUUCAGAGCACCCCGUUGGCAGGGUCCAGCGGGGCUUUCAGCUGCCCGAUGGCAUCUCCCUGGGACGUGGUGGCCUUGGUCCGUCACACCUGUGGAGACCUGCUUGGUCCAUCCACUCUGUAUUUCACCAACCCAGUGAAACUGGUUUCCCUGGGCUUAAGGUCUGGUGUCGGAUUAUUAAAUUUACCCUUAAGGUCUAGCAUAGGAUUAUUAAUUUUACCAAAAUACGUAUGUGUGUGUGGAGGAGUUUCUUGUGUAAAGGUCCCGCUAACGAGCACUGAAUAGGAUGGACGUCUCUAAUGUAAGGAGAUGUAAAAGGGGAAAAAAAAAAAAAGAGCAGCUCUGUUUCAGAGCAGAGAUGAAAUAAUGAAAUUUUAACUCGCUGUUGAAUUCCUGCUGGUGAUUUUUGCUUCGUCUCACCUGACACCAGAGCGCUGGAGGUGGUUGUACCAGGCAUCCUUCUGAACCCACUAACAGAAAGGCUGUCUGAAGAGAUGCCGAGUUUGUUAUUUUAUUGUUGAUAGGGAUGCCGCGUUGCUGUUAUUUUAUGAGCGAUGGAGACGCCGUGCUGCUGCAAGCCUGGGCAGUGCCGGUCUGUUUGUGCAGUCGUUGGGUUGCCAUCGUGAGUUACCAAAACCCAAGCCAUCAUGGGCGAGAAACCAGAGCUGUGUCCCAGCCGAAGGCUUGUUCUUUCCAGCAGCAGCGAAUUGCGUUUGCCUUUGUACUGUAAGCCUCUAGAUCUACCUGGAAAAUUGUGCAGGAAACCUGCGCUAACGCUACCUGGAGCAGGCAUCCCCCUUGCUAGGAGGGACCAUUUUGACACAUCCCCAUUUCCCCUUCUUUCCCCCCAUCCUUUAAUUAUUCGGAAUACAGGUUUCAUUCCGUGCUUUUUGAUUACAGAGGCUUAUAGUUCAAAUAUUUUAAUGAAGUAGAAAAAUAUCUGUAGAUCUAAUUAUCUUUCCUUUCUGUUUCGGUGGAGUCAGGACAAAUCACAGAGCAGUUAGUUAUGGCGUGUAUGCCACCGGUAGCGUGCUGGGUGCUUUUACAGACCGGAGCAUGUUCUUGUGCAAACUUGGAGAUCUCGGAGCCGAGACCAUUGCUUUGGGAUCGAGUCUCGUGUCUAUGUGAGGCGUCCGACUGUGUGCAAUACAAGGGAGAUGGACGCUGGGUGGCUGUUUUGCCCAAGAGCUUGUGGAAAAAAAGCAGCUUAGGGGCAAAGCCUCUGGGAUCCUUGCUUUUUUGACAACAAAGUUUAGGAAUUAUUUCCUUUUUAGUUUUAUUUUGAUGGUGCUGCCUGGCAUGUUCAGAGUUUUUAAAUAAAACUUAGUUUUUUUCCGGCAAGAUCUUUAACAUCUGUGGGCUGCUGUGACCGAUCCUCUGCGCGCAGGGAGGCAGCGAUGCGGGAUGCAUGGCGGAGGACGUGCCGGGAUGGCAGCGCGGAGUUGUCCACGAGCACUUUAUACUCCUUUCUCAGGGGCCAGGCACCGCGCUGGGUUGCAGCCAAGGCGGGAGGCGAGGGUCCCGUGUCCCUGGAGCGAGCGCCCGGGGCGGGGGAGUCGGCUUUGGGCAGCAGAUGUGGAAAGUCUUUUGUGCUGCUUUGGGACAUCGUGUCGUUGUGGCCAGUUGCUGGAUAAGCUCUUCCCCCUGUGGCACGUGAUCCCGUCAGGAGGCACGUUGGAAAAGGAAAAAGAGAGAUGCUUGUCAAAGCAAAGAAUACUGCGUCCUAUGUUUUAUUUCUGUCAUGUGGGCACCGUACGGCUCAGGGUCUGGAUGAAGUCUUUGAUUUGUGUGUUUGAGACUUUGGCACUGUGAAGAUGUCGUACGUGUGUUUCUGAUGCUCUGCUCAGCCAAGGCUGGAUGGUGCCCCCGGGUGCUGGAGAAGUCAGGAGUAGGAGGGACAGGCUUUGCUAUAGGGGCUGGGGGAUUUCAUUCCCCUAACAGCAAUGAAUCUGGGAUUGGAGCGGGGUAGUGGUGUGGAUGGCAGGAGGAGCCAGAGGAGCGCUAGGACAACGCGGCAGCAAUUUUUGGUCCAUCUUUUGUACGUCAGGUCGAUGGUGCUGCUUCCCAGGCAGGGUCCUGCUCCACAACACUCAUCAAACAACUGCUGUGCAGAGCUCAGGCUAACGCUGUCCUGGGUGGUGGGAGAUGUUCAUGAGGUUCAGCGACCUUGGGAUCACGUCACUCCUGGAACUCAAACACACAGGAGUUCCCAAUACCGGCUGCUAAGACUUACUGUGAUUUUUGGUCCAUACCUGGCGUGGCCAUCACCUUGUAUAAAAGAUGCCAGAGAUUCAGUCGUCCCUGUUCAGUCCCACCCAGGCUUUUUUCUGCCCCCCCAUCUCUGCAGUGGCACUUUCUGGCAGGGCUUGUCCCCAGUGGGGAGAUGGCCCAGGGGUCAGGUCUUUGGGACAAAGGAGAAGGGCUUCACCCCACGCAGAGCUUGCACAGCACAGUUUGGGUUGGGGGUGCAGUGAGGAAGGGGACACACCGGGUGAAUUGUGCUCCCUGGACCUGUCCUCUCGGUGCCAUUCAGCUUUCGGUAUGAAUGGGGCAUUAAACGAGCUGAAAUCUGCGUGCAGCCCCUGGAGCGAUGGGGACGUGGGUACCGCCGGUGGGCGUCCGAGCUGGGGAUGCUGCUGGGUGCUUGGGAGCAAGAGGAGGGCGAGCGCUGAGCUGCUGGCGGGUGCUCUCAGUGGCUUCAGUCUGGGAAUAUGAUGAUUUUUUUAAUAUGAGAUGCCCGAACAGCCAAAUCUAGAAUUCUCUGAGUUUGUGCUUCGUAGCGAAAGGUAAAUCAUUAUAUCUUGGGGGGGGUGGGAGGGUGUUAUGUGAAAGAGCCAAGGUUUCCUAUUUUAUUGUAUGAGAGAUAUUUUUCCACUAAAUUACCGCUUCCUAAAUCAUGUCCUUUGUCCGACUGUAAAUAGCCAGGUGUGCCGUGAAGACGUGGGAAGGCUCCUCGUGGUCACAUCCGUACGAUCCACUCUGUUCACACAAUAUUGGGCUGAUUUGUUUUAUACUUAUGAAAUUACAGAAAUAAAAGCAAUUUUACUGGA